ACCCACGUCUGUAGCUGUAAUCUUCAAUCACGCUAACUGACUGCAACAACUUCUUACAACUUGCUUGUUGAAACAAUGCUGAAUCAGUUCUGUCUUCCUCCUGGGUUUCAACUGCAUUAACAAGAUUCAAUCAACAGAGAUCCAGCAGCAGCAGCAGCAGAGAUCAGCACUAUGUACAUUAAAGGUUCAUCUGGUGCUGGUUCAGGCAGAGAGUCAGUGACUGUGAUGGAGGGAGAUUCAGUCACUCUAUUCACUGGUGUUAAGAUGAACCAACAAGACAGAAUUAAGUGGUUUUUUAACGACAAUCGCAUCGCUGAAAUCAAUAGAGAUCAGAGUAAAAUCUGUAUAGAUGAUCUGUGUAAAGAGAGAUUCAGAGACAGACUGAAGGGGAAUAAUCAGACUGGAUCUCUGACCAUCACAAACAUCACAAACACAGACUCUGGAGAUUAUAGACUAGAAAUCUUCAGCAACAGAUUCAGUGAAAAGAUCAUCAACGUUACUGUCAAUGGUGUUUCUGCUGCUGAACAAAAUGAAAUGAAAAGAAAGUCAGUGAAGGAAGGAGAAUCUGUUACUUUAGAUCCUGGUGUAAUAAACAACCCAAAUGAUGAGAUGACAUGGUAUUUUAAUGACAUUGUCAUCUCUGAAAUCACUGGAGAUCAGAGUAAGAUCUGUACAGAUGUUCAGUGUAAAGAGAGAUUCAGAGACAGACUGAAGCCGGACAAUCAGACUGGAUCUCUGACCAUCACAAACAUCAGAACCACAGACUCUGGAGAGUAUAAACUAAAGAUCAUCAUCAACAACAGCAGCAGUGUUGAAAGAAUAUUAGCAGUAUUAACUGUCAUUGGUUCAUCAGUAACAAAAAUAUGUGUUUCUGUUGUCCUGCUGAUAAUAGUUGGAGCAGCCGCUGCUGUGUUUUUCUACUGCAUUGCACAAAAAAUUAAGGAGAAGUAUCAGGAGACAGAGCAGUCACAUUGCAGGUAGGAUACUAUGAGCACUGAAUCUGUCUCAUAAAACAAUCUGUAAAAUAAUUUAGUACAUUUAC